AUGAAGUUCACCAUCGCUUCCAUCAUUUCUAUUCUAGCGAUCACUGUCGCUGCUACACCUCUCGAGGUCCGCCAGUCUAACACAGUCACCGUUGCGCUUUCCAACGAUCAGACUGGAGCCUAUGCCAACGCUGCUUUCUCUGCUGACAAUACCGAUAAGAGUAUCAGCUCUCUCUUCGGUAGUACCUCUGUUGGAGCAGGAGGCACUGUGAAGGCGACCGCUGCCCAGCUGACGUUCUUUCCCCAAUCUAUCAACUGCGUCAUUAUCAACAAUGGUGCUACGAUUGGUACUUUGACUGCCCAGCAAACAUAUGCGGAUCUUGAUGGAAACCCCAACACAGCUAUUCCAAUCAACCUCAACAAUGCCAAGAUCCGUUGCCAUGUUUGA